AUGUACGUGUGCUUCGACGAGGGCUGUAUGAGACCGCAUCGCAAGUGGACGAGGGAGGGGUAUGCGAGGUUUUUGAGGGAGGUGAUGAAGGUACAAAGUGAUGAGGAGGUGGUGCGUUGGGCGGAUCAGGAGUUUGGGGAUGGUGCUGGGUUGGGGAGUCUUGAUGAUAUGGAAGCCGCUCUUAGCGGUCGUACCCAGAGCUAUGGAGCUGCGUUGGGGAGUCUCGACGAUAUGCAAGCCGCUUUUGGUAGUCAUACUCGGGGCUAUAGAGCUAUGUUAAGGGAUCUCUAUGAUAUGGAAGCCGCUCUCGGCAGCCGUACUCAGGGCUAUGGUGCUGGGUUAGGGAGUCUCGAUGAUAUUGAAGCUGCUCUCGGAGGUCGUACUGGCGAUGGUGCAGCGUCACGGAGUCUCGAUGAUAUGGAAGCUACUCUCCGGAUGCGUGCUCGGGGCGGUAGUGGUGGGUUAUAUGGCGAGGAAGGAUUUACUGGCGAAGGAGCCCAGGGGGGUGAGCACUAUACGGAAUUUGAUGGGCGCCUAGAUUGGGAUAUACGGAAUGAGAUUAUCCACCUCACGAAGAAAUAG